UUUUGUAGGAAGUAGGUGAGAUUAUUGUGGCAGAAAGGAAAACCUGGAUGUAUUUCUUUCACACCACUCUGUGAAAGUCUGUGUAUGAAAAGUUUUGCUUUUGGAACGUGAUCUAAGUCAACUUCUUCUCCUUGCUGUGGCAUGUAACGUUUUGAGCGCGCGCAAUUAUUUCUUCUGUGAACGACUUGUGGUGAAGAAUGGUUUGAUUAUUCAAAGGCAGAGAUGGAUGUUUCUUUGUGGAGUGUGUUACUUUUGGCAAGUGUCUUUUUUCUGCCUGGUGGAUGUCAGGAAGAUUGCUUGUUGCCUUUGGGAAUGGAAGAUGGUCGUAUCAAGGAUGAAAAAAUUCGUGCCAGCUCCUUUAAACCACUGGCCAAAGCUACCUAUGCUAGAUUGAAUCAUGCUGAUGGAUAUGGUGGGUGGUGCCCUGAUCAAGAAGAAUAUGACAACCGGACAGAUCCAAUUAUGAGAGAGUUCAUACAAAUUGCGUUUGACACUCCAUUACGAAUCAAAGGCAUUGUGACGCAGGGCCGACAUGGAGGACUUGAAAGUGUAGAAAAGUACUGGGUGACUUAUUCUCCAGUAGGCAAAAGAACACCUGUCUGGUAUAAUGGGGGCAACAUUCAUCAAGUGAGGCAGCUCUUUGAAGGUAAAAGUAAGGAUAUCCCUCAGAAAGAAAACAUAUUGAAGCCACCAAUCAUAGCAGAUGCCAUCAGAAUUGUUCCAAGAAUAAAUCCAAAGAUACAAGUGUGUCUGAGGCUUGAGCUCCUUGGCUGCUCACCAAAAAAUGGACUCUUCACAUACAAGACUCUUCAAGGUAAUACAAUGGAAGAGAAGUACAACUUCACUGAUUCAAGUUAUGAUGGUUUGAUCAAAGGCAACACUCUGCUCUCUGGCCUUGGAAUGCUUACUGAUGGCCAUCUGGCUCCUGUCAAUUAUGCCAAAAAUAAUGGAGUUGGUUGGAUUGGCUGGAACUCUAAGGAUACUCCAAACCCUUACAUCAUAUUUGAGUUUUUGAGCACAAGAAUCUUUUAUUCAUUGACAAUUCAUUGCAAUGUCAGAGAUGAAGCAGAUGUCAAGUUGUUUUCUAGGGUUACUGUAAGAUUUAAAGAAGAUGCUGCUACACUUGACAAGCCACUGACCCACAAACCAAAGCAAAUUUCAAGUGGAACAGGAUGGAAAAACUACAAUGUCACAGUUGACUUGUGCCAAAAUGUUGGGAAGUUUGUGAAGUUAAACUUUACCUAUGCUGGAGACUGGAUAUUGAUCAGUGAGGUUACUUUCAAUUCAGAACCACUUGGUGAAAAAUCACCACCAUUACCCGUGUGUGCUUCUAUUCCCCCUUUGUCCACUAAACCUCCCACUACUGGUCUAGGAGGUGUUAUCACCACUAACAGCCCAACAGAUGGCAUUGAAGGAAUCAAAGGAGGAGAGACUAGUAAUGGAAGUGGUUCUUUAAAUGGUGGUGUAAUAGCUGCAAUCAUUUGUUCCGUCUUAGUAGUCCUUGUGGCUGUUGCCUUGUUUAUCUGCUGCAAGCGUUAUCCUCAUUGGGUCUCUCAGCGUGAAAAGCCAUUCAACUCCUUCAUCAAAGUCGAAGUAAAGCCGUACGCGCGUUAUCAAAGUUCGCAGCGCGUUUCUCGACUGGAUAGUACAGCAAGCGAAAACGAAGAAAAGAGAGGCAGCUUGAAGAACAACGUGUACAAUGAGGCUGGGGAAAAACGCGGGGCUGCAGAGGUGACCAUAAGUCCUAUAUAUGCCAGUAUACGGGAUGAUCUGAACAAAGGGGCUGUGAAAAGCGAUGAACAGAAUAACGUACCAAACUGUGAGAGACAUUCUGAACACAAGUCUUCAAAAAAAGACAAACGUCCCAUACCACCGCCACUGAAGCCGCCUGAGCCUCCUUCAGAGGUUAUUUACGCCGAGCCCAACACUCCUUUGUGGCUUUCAUCCACAAACGGUGGAUCUCCCAAACAUGCAACACUCCAAAGUCUUCCUCAAGUAGACCUCACGGAGGAAUCAGAUGCUGCCUAUAGUGACUAUGCCGAGCCGGACUCCCCUUGCGAAAAAAAUAGUUUGAUACCGAAUUCUCCCCAACCUAGAGUUGUUAGCGGAUAUGCUGAUCCAAUUGAUGUCAUUUCUCCCACAUCAUUAAAUACUUUCCCAAAUCCUAUUUACGAGGAGAUUUAUUCCGAGCCAUUUCAGGGCGUAACGGGCACCAGUAUGUACUGUAACCCUGACGAGGAGCUAAACUUUAGACCCAGACUAGACACACUCAAGGAACUGCCUCGUAACAGGCUUCACUUCAAAGAAAAGAUCGGUGAUGGACAGUUUGGUGAGGUGUAUAUUGGAGAGGUUGAAAGAUUGGGAGAUAUUUUGGGCGGGGAGUUAAAAAAUAACCCUCGUACAACAGUCGCUAUUAAAACUCUCAAGCUGGAUGUUGAUAAGAACAUUAAGGAUGAUUUCUUUAAGGAAGUGAAAGCCAUGGCGGGGCUGAAGCACUCGAAUGUGAUCCGGCUGUUAGGUGUGUGUCGGGAUGAUCCCAUGUGUAUGAUAGUAGAGUACAUGGCUAAUGGCGACCUGAAUCAGUUCCUGAAAGAAAGAGAGCUUACGCCCAGCUGGAGUGAAAACGAUCGAUGGCAGGACGCCGGGCAGUAUAUCUCUCUUCAAGCCUUGUUUUUCAUGGCCAAACAAGUGGCAGCGGGAAUGAAGUACAUAUCGUCUUUAAAUUAUGUGCAUCGUGAUCUGGCCACGCGUAACUGUCUGGUGGGACACGCAUAUACUGUCAAGAUUGCUGACUUCGGAAUGUCAAGGAACUUGUACUCUAAACAUUAUUAUCGCGUCGAGGGACGUGUGAUUUUGCCAAUACGAUGGAUGGCGCCUGAAUGUAUUCUACAAGGUCGCUUUACAACGUCUGGUGAUGUGUGGGCGUUCGGUGUCACUUUAUGGGAGAUUCUCACUCUUGCUAAAGAAUAUCCUUACUCGGAACUCACUGACGAGGAAGUCAUCGAUAACGCGCAGAAGAUUUUUCAUGGGACAGGUAAACCCUGCACUCGGCUGCCUCAGCCAGAGACAUGUCCAGAUGAUCUGUACCGUCUCAUGUGCUGCUGCUGGACAAGGGAAAUGGAGGACAGACCCCCUUUCAUGGAACUACACAGCAAUAUAGCGGAGCGUGUGCGAUUCAGUGAAGUCAGUAUGGAGUGUUGAAGUGCACGGAGAGGGCUGAUGUAUGAGUACCAGAGAUUUUGAUGUGCACCGACGAGGUCGUUGUUAACUCUGUGCAAGUGGCCAGCACGAAAUGUUAAUAUUUAGAAAAUGACUCCGUCAUCAAAGGAAUAGUCCCGACCAUAAGAAGCUAAGAUACAGUUGCAAUGGCGAAAAACCUAAAACAACAAGUGAAACAUGGAUCUCAACCCAAGAGGGCUCGGUUCUGUUUGGUUGGGUAAUCGUCUUUAGGUCUGAAAUUUUAUUCGACAUUGUUUUUUUUUUUGUAUCUUAGAUUUCGAAUUGUGAAUGGGAAGGCGGUGUCCUUGAAGAAUUCAGUAAUGUAUUGUUUUAAGGCAAAUCAGUCCUGUAAGCAAACGAGUGCAGUUCAACACACGUUUAUGAUUAUGGGCAUGAUCAUUUAUGUCGAUAUUUUGAACCCUCUUACUCCUUAGAUCGUGCCAGAAGUUCUCCUUCUGACUCAUAUACUUGUCCUCUAAAUGAGUGAAGACAAAACACUAACUAUGCUCAAGCUAAUAUUAUUAUUGCAAGUAGCAGUUCUGGGAGGUUUACUUAUCUCAACCUAAUAUUUCUCGGGAAAUUAUACUUUUUUCAUUUUUGUAAAGUUAAGACAGGCAUUUUGUUUUGAUUUGUUUGAUGUUUUCCCUGAGACCAUUUUCUCUGUUGAAUAUUUUAAAUUAUAUGUUGAUAUAUUUAUCUGUAAGUCAGGUCAAGAAUGGUAUCUUGAAUUAUCGUUGAUUUUAUUUUUGCAUCAUUUUUGUACAAUAAAUUUUCAGUGGUUGGGUAAUUUGCAAUUGACGAUGAACCUAUUAAACAUAUCUAUUUUCACUUAAA